AUUGUUAUUGUGGAAAUGAACGCGAAAUCUUGUGAUAUUGUGUUUUUCUUAGCAGUAUCUGUUCUUAUCAAAUGCCGGGCUAACACAAAUCUGGCUUUGUCUCAGGAUAGCUUUCGUCAGAUAUUACGUAGCUUUACGCCAGUUCCAGACGGACGGACAUCGAACUUAAGUGAUACAAGAAUUAUUUAUGUUAAUCGUUCCGUUCGGCGACAGAUUUCAUUUCGCUUUGAGAAUAUAACAUCACUAUUGGAUCAUCCUGACUUUGACCUUCAGAAACCGACAGUGUUUUAUAUUCACGGUUACGUCGAAAUAACCAGCGAUGCGAGCGUUUUGCAAGUGAUGGACGCUUAUGUCAAACGCGGUGAUCACAAUAUAUUGGUGCUGGAAUGGGCGAACCUUGCGUUCGGAAACUAUUUGAACGUUGUGUUAAAUGUUAAAGAGGUAGGAAAAGAAUCAGGAAAAGCUUUAGGUAAGUUGCUGAAGAAUGGCUUGUCUAUCGAUGGCUUACAUGUGGUCGGGCACUCUGCUGGCGCCCAUGUAGCGGCGGUUGUCGCGAGAGUUUUGAAAAAAAAUGGAUUCACACUUCUUAGGUUGACUGGUCUAGAUCCUGCAUAUCCCGGUUUCUAUCCAGCGAUUGAUACACAUCCUAUCAAUUCCAAAGAUGCAGUGUUCGUGGACAUCAUUCACACAGACGGUGGCAAAUAUGGGACUCCGCUUAGCAUAGGACACGCAGACUUCUGGCCGAACGACGGCAAAUCCACGCAACCAGGCUGUCCACCAGUCACUCUUAUUUUAACUAAUGAAUAUAUCUGCAGUCACUGGCGUUCAUGGCAAUACUGGGCGGAAUCAGUAGUCGGUGGCAACUUUGUCGCUAGAAAUUGUGCUAAUUAUAAUGCCUUUCUAAAAGGGAACUGUAGUGGAACUGCUCGCAUGGGUCUUCAAGCUACACCAGAAUUACGCGGCAAUUUCUACUUGCGUACCGCAUCAAAAGAGCCCUUCGCUUUAGGCGUUACAGGAGUUGCAUGAUAAAAAAUCAAUCAAUAGAAUUAUAGGUAUUGCGUCAUUAAAUAAAUGCUAAAAGACAAAAAAUAUGAAAAUCGUUACAAUG